AUGAGGGGUUGCAAGAGAGUCAUUGGACUAGAUGGUUGUUUUCUAAAAGGGCAAUGCAAAGGGGAGUUACUCACUGCAAUAGGUAGGGAUGGGAACAACCAGGUAUAUCCAAUAGCCUGGGUUGUGGUUGAUGUUGAAAACAAGGACAACUGGGAGUGGUUUAUUAAUUUGCUUAUGAAAGACCUUGGCUUAGAGUUAGGUGAAGGGUUGACAGUUAUUUCUGAUCAACAUAAGGGCUUAGUAGAGGUUGUAAAGGAGAAUUUACCAUUAGUUGAGCAUAGGCAGUGUGCCAUACAUGUAUAUGAGGUUGUGGAGUGUUGUAGCUAG